CCCUGCCCUUCCCAACAGACUGGGUUGUGGGCUGGGGGAAGCUGCAGCCUCUGCCACCUGUCACCCACUGCCCCAGCCCCUCUGCACCUGCUCUGGGCCCGGGAGCCCUUGAACGCCACCAGCAAAGCCCUAGAAGACUGUCCUCCUGAUUACCACCAGCAAAGCCCUAGAAUACCUUGUCCUACGUGAGCAGAUGAAGAGACCAGGCGCGGGGAAUUUCCUGGCUCGCCCACGGUCUCGCAGCCGGGUCGCGGCAGCUUCUCGGGUCACAGCUCUUCCCCGCCAGGCAGAGGAGGAGGGCAGCGCCGGCCCCGCGCUCCGGGCCCCCGCCCCCGUCCCGGGUUUCGACAGGCCCCGGGCCGCCGCCGCCCCGCUCUGCACAAGACACUCCGAGACGCCACCGGCCCGUCGGGCGGCGGCAAAGCGAGUCCCCAGGCGCGGCGCGGGCGGCGGCGCGGGAGCCCCGGAAGGCCCGGCCGGCGCGUGCGGGAGGCCCCGCCGGAGGACACCUCCUUUGCCCAGGCCGUCGGCUCUGCAGCCACCCCGGUGUGCGGUGCUGCCCUACUGGAGAAGCUUCUUGGACUGAGCCAACAGCUAUAGUGGACGCCUUGGACAGGGUCUGUGGAUAUGUACGGAGUCAGGACAUAGGGGUAGCCAGAUUUCACACUGAGCAGCUGCAGACGGAGACAUUGCAACCCAGCCCCAGAUUCCGAGCGGCCUGCAGGGGACUCUCUCCUCCUCCUUGGGCAGGAAGCCCCCGAGGCCGCUUGUCUCCAGCGGGUCCCCGGGCUGCCAUGGAACUCGCAGCCGCCGCCCCCUGGCUGCCCUCCUCACUGCCAGGCAGAUAAGGCGGGUGUCGCCCCAAGAAGCACCUGCCCUGGCCCCCCUGCCCGGCCGCCGGGCUCCUCCGACCCUGUGGCCACCUGAGCUGACCUGGGGCCAUGUAGGUAGCCCCGCGUGGGCCCCUGUGGACGUGCUGGGGGACGGCUGCCUGUGCUCUCCGAGGGACCCGCACACCACCAUGCCCCGGGGAUACGCCUGGCUGCACUAUCUCGGGAUUCUCCUCGGCGUAGCCCUGGGGAACGAGGGCUGGACCCCGGGGGAGGAGUGUGUCGUCACGGGCUUUCUGCGGGACAAGCUGCAGUACAGGAACCGGCUCCAGUACCUGAAACACUACUUCCCCAUCAACUACAGAGUCGGUGUGCCUUACGAGGCGGUGCUUAGAAUCGCCAACAUCACCAGGCUGCAGCAGGCCCAGGUGAGCGAGCAGGAGCUGCGGUACCUGUGGGUCUGGGUGAGCCUCAGUGCCACGGAGUCGGUGCAGGACGUGCUGCUCGAGGGCCACCCGUCCUGGCAGUACCUGGAGGACGUACAGACGCUGCUGCUGGAUGUCCAGCGCAGCCUCAUGGAUGUGGAGGUCAGCCCCAAGGUGGAAGCCAUGCUGUCACCCCUGAGUGCCCCGGGCCUGAAGCCGGUGCGGCCCAAGGCCCUGCUGGACAACUGCUUCCGCGUCAUGGAGAUGCUGUAUUGCUCUUGCUGUAAACAAAGCUCCGUCCUAAACUGGCAGGACUGUGAGGUGUCCACCUCUCAGGCCCGUGGUCCAUGGCCCCUGUUGCAGUGUGCAGCUGCCCAGCUAUACCGUUCGUCCCAGCAGCCCCCCACCUCCCCGCUGGGUGUCCCGGGACUGAGAGCUGGCCCUGCGGCUCAGGGACGCUGGUGAGGGGAGGGGACGGGGGCCUCUCACCCUGAGUGGCCUGUGGUGCCCAGGCUGGGGCAGCGGACGGCCCAGGUGCUCACAGGAGCUGCUGGGCCUGAGGCUUUGCCAGGGCAGCCCCACUUGGGAGAGGAGCCGUGAGAAGAGCUCUUUUCUUGGAGGGGGAUUGUGUGCCAGAGAAGGGCUCAGCUUCCCACCUUCCUUCCGGACCCCACACAGUCUCCCUGGCCCUGGGGGGCCUGGGCGAGCUGAAGGCAGACAGGACAGAGCCCACAGCCCCUCGGGGCACGGCCUUCCCUGCCUCCCCUGCCCCGUGCCGGUGCUGAGGCCAGAAUGGUGCCCAGUGGGUGGGUGUGGGUGGGUCCUCGCGGGACCCGGGCUUUCCAACCCUGCAGAGCCCGAUGCCGUGUCUUGCCAUGGUGGAUGCUCCUUUUAGUUUUUCUAUUAAACACCUGCUUUGUUUUGUU